UUAGUGGCUGGCAAGGCGUUGCAGGCGGCGGUACGAGAAUCGGUCGCGUUUACAGCUGAACGACGAAAAUAUAUAUAAAAUAAACAAUCGCUGCAGCAUAAAAUAGGUUUUCGAGGGACUCAAGAGUGCCAGCGGCAGUGCUGCAAACGAAUAUUACGCAUACGCCGGGUGGGACGGAGCGCGGUACUGCUGAUUAACACGGGAAUCUCUGCAAAAUGGCUGCCAUGCAGUCCGGCGGACGACCCCGCGAGCGAUUGCUGUACGCCUUCCGGGGAUGGAUAGCAUUCGUGGCCUUUAUGGACCUGGGCACGGCCUUUAGGAGCUACAUAGAAAGACGCAGCUUCCUGGGCGAUCACAGCGAUACUCAGUUCAUAGAGGGCGACUACACCAUAUCGCGGAUCAUCGGGAUGUACUGCCUGCUGAAGGCCAUCGCUCUCGUCCACUGCACCCUCUACAUCCAUUACAAGCCGGUGGUCAGCAUGGGCGGCUGCUCAUUGGCCCUCACCAUGGUCUUCUAUGCCACCGAGGCACUCUACUUUCGCUCCAGCACCAUUAACUUCUACGUGAUCUUCCCGUGUGUGCUAAAUUCUAUAACUCUACUGGGCCUCAUCUACAUACCCAAACGACUGCGGCUCUGGGAGCCAAAUAUGGAUCUGGAUGACGAAAACUCACAGCUUCUCAAGCAAAUGACGGGCUUCAAGAGACGACGAGCGAAAAAACAAUAGUUUACUACUAUCUAGAAAUCUGAAAAGCAAUAACCGGAAGACACUGAGUUGAGUUUCCGGUAGCACAGUAUUGUGAAAGAAUCGCAAAUUUCGCUUUGGACUGCAUUGGUGUGAUAGAAACGGCAUCAUGUUCAUCAUUAUAUACUCAAUAGCAAUACUGAAAACAACGCCAAA